AUGCAGAUCUGCAUCGACAUUCAUUACCUAAUUAAAAUCGCAAGCCCCUUCCGCUCGCUACAUUUCUCCAACGCGCUGCCAAUAAAUUUCACCCGCCAGUCGCCCCAUAACGAUAACCAGUUCCUCGGGAACUAUCGUUCAAUCUGGCGUCGAUGCCGUAUGUUGAUCCGGUCGUGUACCCGCCGCUCUUCGCAGACGGCGCUGUCGAUACCUAUGUAUUAUUUAGUGGCAGCACUAGGCCCGCGCCCGCGGCACACGCACAGAGCCGGUGAGCGCCACACCGCACCGCACAGAGCUACGCACACACCCGCCGCAAAUGUCUCGAGCCACGUCAACCCACAGAUAACGAGCUCACAUAUUCAUAAAGAAUAA